CCCGACGGCGACGGCAGCGACCGAGGAAGUGGUUCCUGAUGUCUUCGAGGGCGACCAUGCCAACGCGAAUGAUAUCCGAAUGCCGAGCGCGCCCGCAUAUAAAACCCAGCACGUCCGCCCGAGGGGCUCUUCCCCAUUCCCUCCGUCCUUCACGUUCUUUUUCUCCAAGUCCAUUCUUUUGGUCCCGGCGGCCCAGGUUCUUCGUUCUUUCAGCCCAUCUUCUCAUUACAGGCCUCAGUCCUCCUCAUUCUCCACCGUUUGAUACGGAUUUCCCUCUCAUUCUUCGCAUCUAGCCAAUCCACGACUUUUGAACUUCUUCAUCAUGCGUUUCUCCGCUGUUCUUGUUGCUCUCGCCUCCUUCACGAGCGUCCUGGCGGGCCCGCUGCCCCUCGCGGCGCGUAUUGCGCGCGGGGAGAUUGAGCAGGCUGUCCGUGCUGCCGAUGUCGAGGCGCGCGCGAACGCCGUCCCUGUCGUAGUGUCGAACCUCGUGUGCGAUGACAGUGGCGACACCCUCGUCUCGCACGACGUCAACGUCGCCCAGCUCCAGAUCUGCGGCGGCAUCGCCGGCAGCAUCCAGAAGUGCCAGGGUAACCCCACUUCGACCACGGGCGUCUCCGGCACCGCCACCUUCACCAUCGACCCCGUCGAGGAGGGCGACACGAUCAACGUGUCUAAGGGCCGCUGGGAGCAGCACAUCAAGGCCGCGUUCAAGCAGUGCGGCCAGGACGUACCCUUCACCGCGACCUUCCGUGCCGGCGCCGCCAAGGGCGACAUCGAUGUGACGCUCACGCGCACGGCGGGGACGAGCAAGAAGGCGAGGUCGGAGGAGGCGAGGAAGGCGCGCCGCAACGUGCCGCGGAGGUUCCAUGGGAUUGAAGCGAGGGAUAUCUAGAGGAAGGAUUCUUGGGAUUGAGUUACUGUAAUCGGGCUCUUCGGGCGAAUAUCUUUUGCUGGGUCAAUGGAAUGGGACUUAUUCCGA